AUGGCACCAACAACAUCAUAUUUCUCCCCAUCACUCUUCUUUUUCUUCUUCUUCUUCUUCCUCUCCUUUGCCCUCACAUCAUCAUCAUCAUCCCAUGGCUCGUCGACAAUCACGACUCACCUCAUCCACCGCGACUCCACAUUCUCGCCGUCGUACGACGCCGCCGAGACGGUGGCCGGUCGAGCCGCGAGGGCCGCGGAAGCUUCCCUCGCCCGCCACCGCUACUUGUCCUCGCUGAAGGAGGACAUGCCGCGCGACGUGGAGGCCGGGCUGGUCCUGGCCGCGACGGUCAACGUGUUCUACGUCAACUUCUCGAUCGGCGACCCGCCGGUGCAACAGCUGGCGGUCAUGGACACGGGGAGCAGCCUGACGUGGGUGAAGUGCCUGCCUUGUAGUCCGUGCUCGCCGGGCGGCGGGGCGGCGACGGCGUUGUUCGAUCCGGCCAAGUCCAAGAGUUACUAUGCGCUGCCGUGUACCGACGACUGCAAGAAGUGCGAUGCUGAGCACUGCAUGUACACAAUGUCGUACCUCGGCAACCAAACCAGCGAGGGCGUCCUCGCCUCCGAGCAGCUCACCUUCCUUGCCCCCGCCGGCGGCGGGGAAACACAAACCGCCGUCGUGCCAAGCUUCGUAUUCGGCUGCUGCAGCUCGCUCACCGGCGUCGGGAGCAGCGUCGACCCGAAUUUCAACGGAAUACUAGCCCUCGGAUCCGGGCACUUUUCUUUGGUCAACCAGUUCGGCGACAAGUUCUCGUACUGCACCGGCAGCAUCGCCGACCGGUCUUACCCUCACAACCGCCUGUCCAUCGGCCGCGGGGCCUACUUGGCCGGCGACACCGCUAGGGUUUCCCUCAGGGACGGCGCCUACAACGUCUUUGUGAACGGCAUCACCCUUGGAGGCCAGGAAGUUUUCCUCAAGAUGUCCGACAUCACCCGAGGAGUGUUCAUCGACACCGGAGCAGAGCUCACCUUCCUCUACACGGAGGCUUACGACGCGGUGAAGGCGGAGAUCAUCAAGCUAGCCUCCGGAGUCCUCACCGGAGUCAACCCCACGGCUCCCUACGAGCUCUGCUACAAAGGAACGGUGGGCCAAGACACCAAGGGGUUUCCGGCCCUAGGGUUGCAGUUCGCCGGAGGAGCGGAUCUCGUGGCGGAUAACAACGGCAUGUUCAAGCAGGUUCAGGAUGAUGUUUUCUGCUUCGCCUUCGUCCGGUCGCCGGCGAUCAGCGUCGUCGGGAUGAUGGCUCAGCAAGGGUACAAUGUUGGGUAUGAUCUGGAUCAAGGAGUGAUUCACUUCCAGAGCAUGGAUUGCGAGAUUCUGCCAUCGAGUUAG